AUGCUCGAGUCGCUGGCGCGGCAGGUGACAACGUCGGCGCCGACGUACACGACCAAGACGUCGGGCGCGCCGACGGCGCCUGCGCUCAACUCUUACGAGCAUCGGCGACAGGUCAAGAGGCGAUUCAAGCGGCAUCGGCUUGAUUUGCGCCGGAACGCGGUUCAGGAAUACUUUACCAAGAAGCGGCAUGUUCGCGGCGACCAGACCCGCCGGCUGACCAAGCGCCAUAGGUCCCAGCGUGCGGCCGAGCGGGUCAUCCACGACCGUAUGGUCGAGCUCGGCAUUCACGACGCAGGUCAGCCUGGGCCAGGCGCUUUGUCUGAGCUCGCCGCCAAGAGAAGCGUGCAAAAGGGGCUCGCUGAUGAGCGCUGUGUUUACCGGCUCGAUCGCGUCGGUUCGCUCCAUGACUACUACCAGCAGUUCUUUGGGCCGUCGGCAGCCACUGAGGCCAUGGCGCGGUAUGCACCAUCGGCGACACGAGCACUGGAGACUGAUCCCAACUAUGCUGGGCUGGCCGAGUACGCGCGGGUUGCGCCGCCCGAGGCACCGGCUCAGCAGGUCAAUAGCGCCGCGGAUCCCACCGUUUCGAACGAGGUCGUCCAGCUGGUGGUCGAACACCUGCUCACUGAUCUGGAGCACACCCAGGGCUUGACACUGACUGACAAAAAGUUGGUCAUGCGCGAGUUUGUCACUGAUGUGUUGCUCAAGGCGCUCCACGCCGAGGAGAGCCAGCGCGUCGACAUGAGCCAUCCGGCCUUCACGCCCGAGCAGAACAAGCGGUUCGAGGAUCUUGUCAACGCUCGCAUCAAAGUGGUCAAGGAGAAGCUCCGGUCCAAGUAUGAUCGCAAACGCGAGGCGCUCAACAGGCGCGGCAUCUUUCCAGAGCAGGUCAACAGCGAUCGCAUCGAGCAAGAGUACCGGAAAGAGCUGCGCGAGCAGAUCAAGGUUUCGGACAUUCGGGAUGCCAUGGUCAAGGAAAUGAUGAGCCAAGAAAAGAGUCGCGAGAUGCGUGACCACCUGACCGUCUUUGAGCAGCGCUCGCUCGAGGCCCAGGUUGCUGCCUCUCGCAAGCUUGUGGCUCAUCCAGCACGUCGGCUGAACAACGACGACGACACGUCGUCCAUUGUCAAGACCAAGAGUCUGGCGGCUGUUGCUGGCGGCAAAGCCGAGAACAAGCAUCUUGUUCAGGCUCACUCGCUGCGGCACAUGUCUGCAUUAUCGUCGGCCAUGCUCUCGGUCAUGGUCGAGUCGAUGGGCGACCUGGAGUCGAUCUCGUCAUCAAAUUCGUCGCCGGGCUCGUCGCGGUCUGGACAGACGUCGCCAGAGACAAGCUUAUUGUCGUCGUCGUCGUCGUCGUCGUCGUUGGCGUUAUCGUCGAUGCUUGCGCCGAGUGGCCCAAGCGGAGCAGCGGUCUCGGGCUCGCGAUCAGGCGGCUCGCUCAACACCUCACAUGCCUCGAUGCAUCGGCAGAUCUCCGAAACAGUGCUCAAUGCAAGCGCCGCUAUUGUGGCCGAGGCCGGAGCGGCGCUCCGGGCCGAGCUCAAAGCCGCAUCGUUUCGUGACAAGAUGGAGGACUACCUGCGGGUGCAGUCUGCGCAUGCAGCGGCGGCUGUGGCUGCGCGGGCGAGUGAGUCGGCGGCGGCAGCGCCCAAGCUGGGCAAGGAUCGGUGGGUGGCACCGAUCGAUCUCUCGGGCGUGCGGCGGAUCAUUGAUGAGACGCGAGCCAUGGCGAGAGAGCGUCCGGGUCGGCCGGUUGUACUCACCACCUCGCACCUCCCGUACAUGUCUGGGCCCGAGGUGACCAAGCCGUCGCUGGACGUGCCGUCAGAUCUUGAGCUGGUUGAGCUGGCCGGACUCGAAGUCAAGCCACGGCCACCGAACAAGCCACUGCCAAACGGGGGCAAGCCGGCACGGGGGCGCGUGGACGGGUCGAGGGGCAGCCCGGCCAAGCCAGUUCCGGCCAACAAGGCCGCCUUUCCCAAGGUGCUGGAUGUGGCGAUUGACGAGUCGCUGGCGUUGCGUGCGGCUGGCCCGCGGGUGGCGCCGCGGGUGGCGGCUCACAUGACGGCGCUUGCGCCGCGGCCGCCAAUCACGUUUCAGUCUCUUGUGGGUGAUGAGCACCACAAGCGGCUGCAAGCCGCACAGGCUGAUGUUUUUAACGUCGAGGCCCACAUCGACCUUGAAGUCCAGAAACUCUGCGACGAGCUGGUGGCGUCCGAGGCGACGUCACACUUGCGGCACGACGCCGACGCCACGGCCGAGCCUGUCGCACCCAAGCUUCGAUCAAGAGCGCUGGAAAAGCUGGCCGCCAAGUGGCGCGGCCGGCGAUCGUCGGUCCGAGCAUCACCAGUCCGUGCGUCGCCAGUUCGGACCAGCGACCGAAUCCGCCCACACUCGCGAGGCACGACACCGGGAUCACCAUCGCCGGCACCACCGUCGUCGCCACGCCGAGGCAAGCGACGGCGGGUGCCUCGGGCACUGCCGUUUACCCGGGAAGACUUUACGCAGUUUCUGGAGGCUCGGGCGGCAAAGUCGCCGUCUCUGCGGCUUGCGGCGGCGGUGUAUGACGAUGCCGGAGGAACAAGGAGCCGAAGCAGUGACCAGAAGCGCGACAGCGACGCGGCGCGAAGCUUGCGGGUGCCAGCCACAGCCGGCUCUGUGCCAGGUGUCCCUCUGGCGGUCCGCGUCAAUCUCGAGGCGGCGUCGGGCGAGGUGGGCAAGGCUGUGGCACGGCUUGCUGCACUCUCUACCCCGUCCGAGUCGCCGGCGGCCGAGCCCGACGACCAGACGCCCGCGUUGCGACAGCGCAAUCGGGCAGCGACGUUGGUGCCAGCUGGAGACGGCAAGGGCGAGAAGCGCAUGCGUCCGACUCGGUCUCGGGCAGGCACGCACGUGGCGCGUCCGCCGUCGAUGCCACGUCGUGCCAGUCAUGAGCGAGCGCCAGCUCGCAAGAGCUCAGCUGUUGUGGGUCGUCCACUGGUGCGCGAAGACAGUGGCGGCUCGAGCACGAAUGGCGAGGCGGCAAGAGAUGGUGACGAGGCCGACGGCUGUGCACAGCGGCCGCUGUUCGAUGUCGCAACGGCUGACGAGGCCGAGGUGCAGGCGGCUAAUCUGGCACGGCUGGAUAGCCUCUGGCGGCGGCUGGCGUUCUCAACUGAGGACAAGCUUGCGAUGGCGGUCAAGUAUUCACAACCCGAGACCGGCAAAUGGCUGCAGGACGCGCUGCAGGCGUGGGAGGCUGCUGCGGCGCGGGUGGAGGAGCGGCAGGCUGUGAUGGAGGAGUUUGCGGCGUUUGAGAGCCAGGCAUCGGAUCCUCGCCGGCUCAUGCGCGGCUCGUCGACGGAUCGGCUUGUAGAGGAAAAGUCGCGUGGCAAGUUGAAGAAGGCUUUGGACGCGAGCGCACGCGCUGUCAUCGCUGCGGCCAAGGUGCUCAAGGCGACGUACGGCGACGAGCUGCGAGUCGCCGGCAAGUCGUACACGGAGGUUCUGGCCAUCGAGCCGACGGCUGUUCUUUUUGGGUUGGAGAAGCAGCGUUUGAGUGGGUCAGACCUGCGGCUGGCACUGCAUCGUCGGAGCGGAGGAGGAGGAUGAGUGGGAUUGAAAUCGACGUCUUUGGCCU